AUGUCUUAUCUCACAACGAAACCUGGCGUUUAUCUGUCUAAGACCUAUUAUUAUGGCAGCGUUGGGGUGUUUAUUGUUCGCUGCUUGUGUAUAGUAGUGGUGCUGUUGGUUAGUGUUGGCGGAAUAUACUAUGAUGAUGACGAUGGCGAUAGUAGCUGUAGUGAAGUUAGUGGAAUAACUGGAAUUAGCGGUGGUUUUGAGUAUUGUGGGCUUAGUAAUGUAACUAAAGAAAGCGACUUGGAUUGGAAUAAUCCUAGUCAAAUAGUCGCGUUUUUAAGAACACAUGGCUUUGAAUUUAUUGGCUCUACAGACAUUAACAUUACACCUUAUACUCCUGCUCAAUCUAAUAAGCCUAUUCCUACUCCCUUAUGUGGUCCGUCUGAGCCACUUGCUAAUAUUCCCAGUUACAUAAUAACCUGCUCUGGAGACGAAGUUAUCUUUAGACUACUGGUGUAUCAAGAACUUAGUGAGAUUUGGCUGGGUUUGGCUGUUUUAAGAAAGAUUGCAGCUAUUAGAGUUGAUAGCGUUUAUAUUGAUUGUAACUGGAAUCUUUCAAAUCGAUAUUGGGAGAGUCUGCAGAUUGCCUCUCGAGUUGUUAAUAUGUUUGAUUGCGAUAAAAUAUACAUGGUCUUGAGUUCUAACCGCAUAACUGGCCCAGGUCGUGGCCCUCUCAAUUUCACAGAAUGGCACCAAGAAGCCUGGAAUGCCCUGGAACAUGCCUCUUCUCAAGCAGACCGUAGUCCUCACUUUCUUUUGGAAUUGGCGAGAUGGCUGCCGGGAUUUACAUAUACGAAGUUUCUUAUCUUGCGGCCAAUUGAUAGUAUUCUUGUUGUGGGCUCGGCAGUCACAAGCUUUAGUAAUACUGCCUACUUGCCGUUUGCGGAUAAAUAUACUAUUGUGUUUCAACACUUGCCCCGAACUGCUAUAAUCGACUUUAAAACCCUUCAGGCGUCGCCUUCCCAGUGCACGUGUAUCACUAUUUGCGGCCAGCCUGGUCGCAGCCUGGAAAUAACGGGUCUUACGAAGGCGGUUGGUAAACGCCAAUCAAUUACUCUGGAUGGAAGUUGGAUGGCUUAUUGCAUGCUGAUCAAAAACCCCAAUACUAACAUUCACGUUCAUACACUGUUGGGUAUUAAUGUUGUCCCGGAUGCCACUCGGAUGCUUCAGGACGUGCAGAGGUAUCCAAAACAUUCCGAUCCCCGAAUCUUUGCCACCAAUGCUACUGCCAAAAUAUCUACGAAAACGGAGUGUAAUUCCCAUGAUUACUACAGCAAACUGUACACCCCAAAGAUCUUGGCCAAGUAUGGCUUCUCCAUUGGUAAAGUAGAACUUGUCUAUGAAGAGAACCGUUCUGACCUAUACCAAACCCUCGAUCUGUUUACCAAGCUUGGCGCCAUAUCAAAAGUUCCAGAAGAUGUUUGCCAGAAGAAAGUUAUCUGUUGUGGCAACGCACUUAGCAACCCCGAGUGGAUACUUGAAGAACCGGUUAAAGCCUGGCCCACGCCCAAAGAAUUCGAGUCUCAAAUUGCGGAGUACAAAUCCACGGUUGGCUUGAGCUUCUGUCAGAAUAUACACUAUAGAUGCAUCGAGAUUACUGGUGAGUACAUUCCACGGAGCGGGGUCGCGUACAAUUAUAACUGCAUUAUGUUUCUAGAGCUCUUUCAAAACAUCAAUGUUGAUGAAUUGAGAAUCGCUGAUAUCUACGAUACAACGUACAAUAUGUCCACUAACUUUGUGAUAGAUGUUUUACGGCUGCAAGUCAGAAAAUCAACUAAGUACAAUCUUCAUGUCAAAACCUUGGUGUUGGACAAUGUUGACGUGUUCUUUAUCUACUGGUUCUUCGGGAGAUACGACUUUACUUGCCCGGCCGAGGUAUACCUUGUAAACCAGCGAUUCGUUGAUUUUGCCAUUGUUCAAAUCCUUGCUCUUCCUAGCGCUCGUAAUAUCACUGCCCUCAUUAUUAAUGACUUCUUAGAUCUAUAUGAAAUCAAACGGUUCUUUAAGGAUGAAAAGUCCGAGAAUAACGAGGAAGGUGAAGAGAUCGAUAGCUUCUCACUCUUUGAUUAUGUGCAGAACAAUAACAAACACGACAACCUCGACAAGGCACUUGUUGCUAGUGGAUAUAUCAGCAGCUUCGAUGACAAACCCGUUGAGAGCCUUAAUCUAGACAAACUAUAUCUGCAACUGGAAACCUUUGACUUUGAUCUGUAUAGCGAAGUUUUGUCUAAACUAAAGAAUCUUGGCAUUCUUCCCUUAUCUAUUUCCUUUGAUGACUACAUUGCAGCCGACCCAAUCUGGCUCAACACCAAUCCAUGUCUAACCAAAAAAGGACUAACUCUCUAUAACACUACUUUGGCUGCCUUAGAAGCCGACUUCGCCAACUGGCAAGCUCAAAGUGCUACUAAUCCCCGAACCAGCCCCAUCCAACCGUUACCGGACUCUCCCAAUCAAAGACAACCAACCGAAAAUCUGUUCUUGUGCUUUUGCAAUAACCAGCCACUGACUGAAGCGGGUUUGGCCACUGUUUUUCGAUGGGUCGGCUGUCACUUUAAGACUAUAAGGAGCGUGCAACUAGUAAAUGUUGAUCUCUCAGCGAGCGAGCGACAGAAGCUAGCCUCGCGUGAUUAUUUUGUCAUGGAUCUAGAGCUUCUAACGAGUAUUCAAAUUCACGAUGCUAAUCCGAACAAUCCACCUAUCAAACUGCCUAUUCGGCUGUAUCGUCAUAACUUCUUGGCCAAUAUAUCUAGCACAACUUUGCAAUUCAUAUCAGUGCCAACCUCAAUGCUAACCCGGCUUGCCGCACAACCCGAACAGCUUAAGCAUCUUAUUCCCAGCCAUUUCGGCCACAAACCCUCCCUAGAAAUGGUUCUAGAUCACCUGCAAAACACCAUUCCAUGGUCUACUUGUUCACAAUGCUUACGAACUCUCUAUAUCCCAACUGCAGCAGUAGAAGAAAUAGAUUCGGAUUCUGAGGACGAGAUUAAUGAUCUACUUCCUUUGAACUUCGCCGUACUCUCUUUUUUCACCUGUGGGCAUUCAGUUUGUGAGAUUUGCCUAACUAAGAAUUAUCGCCAGGAAUACACAAUGUGCUUAAAAUGCGGGCAGAGCAAUAUAUGUACUGGCACUCACCGGCUGUUAAGUCUUCCCCUAUCUAAUUUUGUCUUGGUUAAAGACAGCAUCAAUAGCCACCCAAAAGAUCUUGAAUGGCUUAAGCCGCUGGCUUUAAAUGAUAAACAAGUAUACUUCCACAUAUCCCAUCAAUACAUUCCUGAUCUGCUCGGCUCGGUCAUCAAAGACAUAGCUUGUGCUGAUUCUCAUUUCAUUCAUGUUAUCUAA